AUGUCAAAAUUUUUAAAAAACUUGAUAACAAACAAAAAUACUUUACAGAAAAGUAUCACGUUAUCGAAUGUUUACCAAGAUAACGAUGAAAUUAAUUAUGCUACUGAAACAGAAGGCUCAGUAGAAGGUCCUUCUGUUUAUGGUGCAUUUCCUGUAGACUCAUCAUAUUCGUCCGAUAAUAGUUCUAUAGAAACUGUUAAAGACAUCCAGCUCGUAUUUGAGGGUGAAAAUAAAGAUACAUUUGUUCUCGUUCCUGGUUUAUUAUCCUAUGAUACAAUCGAGUUACCAUAUUUCGGUGGAAUUCUUGUUGCUGACUAUUGGAGAGAUGUAAAGGAGCAGAUUGAUGAUCCUUACAUAACUAAUCCUAAUCCCUUUGGA